UUUUGAAGAAAGCCUUCGCCAAAGAUGCAUACAGCGCAGAACAAAGAAAAAUCGCCAAGGCUGCUUUGGAACAAUUAGAAAACAUCAAAAGGGUCGCAGAAGACAGGGACAAUCUACGGAAAAAAUUGGAAACUACUCAGUAUGAAUUGGAAGAGCUCAGGCAAAACGUCAAUUCUGGCUUCGGGGACUCAGAAAUCACCGAAACCUCAAGGGCUCCAACGUGCGUACCGAUCCAAGAGAGCAAAAAAUCAUCUCGCCCUCAAGGACCUAGAGGCUCUGGAAAAGAAAUAGAAGUGCUUGAAAAAUAUUGCUCUACGUUACAGAAAGAAAAUACCAGAUUAAAGGAACAUAAUGCGGAGCUUCAACUGAAAUGUAAUAAGUCUGAUGAGAAAUUGGAAUUGCUUGGUAAGGGCUUAUUUGUGAAGGUAGUUUCUAUACCAUUCUGUAUUCCAGGUUGUGUUGGCGAUCAAGCCUUUAUCGACAUCAAAAACAAACUGCAAACCCUUGACGAAUCAGUUGCAGAACGAAAUGCCCUACAGUCCAGAGUAAGAGUUUUGGAACGAGAGCUGAAUGCUUACCAAGAUCUACCGGAACAUGUAGAAGUAUUUAAAAGAAGAUCAGUUUUACUGGAUGAUGUUGUGAAGGAUCGCGAUCGUUUAUCGAAGCGAGUAGAACAAAUGAAAAUUUCAGAUGAAGAGUUGAGCGUGCUAAAGCAGAAAUCAGACAGAAUUGACGAUUUAGAAAGAAAAUUGAGAAUUGCUCAAGAAGACGUCAAAACAGCCGAAGAAGAGGUCGAUUCGAUGAGAAACAAAUGCGCAACUGCCGAAAUCGAGAUGCUGAAUCAGAAAACUGAAGCGGAUACGUUGAGGUCCAGGAUUGUUUGUAUGCAUCACGAGGCGGAGAGUUUGAAGUCUAUUUGUAAUGAACGGGAAAUGUUGAAACUUGAAAAAAGGAGAUUACAAGAGAGUCUAGACAAGGCGGUGCGUAUGCAAGACGAACAAGAGCAUAUGCGUCUCCAAAUAAAAGACAUGGACAGAAUGAAAUUAGAACGUGACCGAUACAAACGAAAAUACGAAAACUUGGCCGCAAUCGAAACUGAACACAAUCAAUUGAAAAAGCAACUGGACAAAGCCAAGAACAUAGAACGCGAACGCAAUUCUUUGGCGAAGCAAACCGAAGAUUUGGAAAAGUGCAUUCGCGAGCAAGAAGACGAAAUCCGAAGAUUGGUCACUCAUAUCGAUUGUUUGGCUCAAGGCAAGCAGGAGCAAGCGAACAAAAUCAAAGAGGUGAUGUCCGAUUUGCAAAUUGAGCUAGAAAAAAAGGAAAGUCUUUUGGUUAUAAGCGAGGAAAAGAUUGCAACGAUGCACGGAAAAAUAGACACAUCUUUCCACAACUUGUCUGAAGAAACUACCGAAUUAAGGAAGGGCAAACAGCGUGCCGAAAUGAAAAUUUUAAAACUUGAAGCAAAAAUACAGACACUUUCAAAAGACAACCAAAAACUGAAUGAGGCUAUUGAAUCAUUUAAGUCAGAAAACUGCAAACUGCAACAAGAGCUUCAAGACCAACUAGAAGACAACGACCAGUUGCUGAUGCAAGUGCAAGAAAAAGAUAGAAUCAUCGAAACGAUGCAAGACGUGCUCAAGGACAGAGAAAUUCCGAUAAACAUUGACACGUGCAACGCGCAACAAAUCACCAAGCUACAGCUCGAACUAGAAUCUGCCAAAUUCGAAAAUCAACACUUGCAAGAAAUCGCUGGCACCAGCAAUCCUGAAACCAAUGCACAACUUAAAAAUAUGCUUGAACAAUCUAGAAAUGCCAUUGAAAGGAUUGCUUUUGAGUUGGAGCAGCAAUAUGCUCAAUGGGAUGCGUCCACGAAGCGCUUUAGAUGCUGUCCAGGAUGCACCUGCAAAAAAAGAGGCGCACAAAUUCAGCCUAAAGUCAUUAUUAAGUGUUGUGCAGGUUGUACGUGUAAAAAACGAAGUUCUAGAAAAAAGAUUGAAGAUGAAGAGGCAAAAAGUGGAAGAUCAAAAAGUGCGUCUCCUGCAAGGUUCGAAGUAGCCACCCAAAAAGCCAAUGUACAUUGCAAUUGCAAUAUCGGUUACGAUGCAGCAGUAGAUGCAACUAAGCCAAUUAGCUGCAAAUGCGUGCAAACACCUAAAUUGAAUUUGCAUUUAGACUCAGAUGAAGAAGCCGAUGAAGAUCAAAUGUAUACUGCAAGAUCGGCUGAUGAAGCUAGAAUAACUGAAUUGGAAACUGAGCUUCUCAAGGCCAACGAUACAAUCUUGCAACUGAAAGAACAAUUAGGAGCUACUGACAGAUUGUCUGCUGAAAAUAUAGCCUUAAGAAGGCACUCUACAGAAGUCCAGGAAAUUGCCAAAGAACAAAUUAAAGACCUUGUUGAUCACUUGAAGAAUGCUACAGAUAAAAUCAACGAGCUAGAAGCUGUUAAUAGUUCUUUGAAUUCUGAAUUAGUGAAGCUAAAAGAGUAUGUAGACAAAGGAGGUCACAUGGAAGAUAUAUACAAUCAGAUAGAGGACGCCAAAGAAAAUACUGACUUUUUGGAUAUAGUCACUGAUAAACUUAAGCUUGAUUUAGCUAAUGCAACUCAACAGCUAACUGAGCAAUAUUCCAUAAAAACACAAUCGUCAGCGACUUGUACUUGUAUCCAAAUCCGAGAAAUAGCCAAUCAUUUAAAAGGAGCUCUUCAAAGAAUUGGUGAGCUUGAAUCAACCACAUGCAGGCUACGAUGUGGCUUGAUGCUACCCAAAUCCAAAUCAGCAGGUGUGCAGAACACUUCUUCUAAGUUUGAGAUAACAGCUCAAGAGAGGGACCUUGAAGAUAAACUGCAACAAGCCAAAUUGAAAAUCAACGAAUUGGAAGCUACUAUUUGUAAGUUAAAGUUUGACUUGGCUUCACGUGGAAGCAAGGAUAUUGAAAGCUUGCUGAAUGAUUUAAAGGUGGCCAAAACAAGAAUAGGUGAGCUGGAAGCUAAAAGUUGCAAAUUGAAAUUUGAAUUGUGUCAAUUAAAAUGCAAAGCUCCUACAGCUCAUCAGGACAGGGCAGCUGGAGCUGAAAUGGGAGAUUUGUCUGUUUUAGCUCAGUUGAAAACCGAUUUAGAAGACUGCCUGAAGGAAAAACAAAAACUGUUAGCCUCAUUCAAUCAGCUGAAAUCUGAUUUGGAAGAUUGUCUAAGAGAAAAGGCUUACUUGAACAAGGCCUUAACAGAUCUUCAAGCUGGAAAAGCUCAAGACUUACCAGAUAUGGCUGUGUUUGCUCAACUAAAGUCAGACCUUGACAGCUGCCUCAAAGAAAAGGAAGGCUUGCUUAAAAGAAUUAACGAGCUUGAAGGACAACUGAUGCCAGCAGGAGACAGUGCUGAAUUAUCCAGAUACAAAGAUUUAGUUUCGCAGCUGAAUUCCGACAAGGAUGCUCUUACACAAAAAAUACAGGCUUUGGAUGAGGAACUAAUCAGAUGUAAAGAAUCCAAUGCAAAACUGCAACUAGAAAAAGACAAUUUAUUAGCUGCAAUGAAACCUGAUAAGGUAAUGACAGUAGAAGCCAUAAUCGAAGUUCCUCUUGAACCAAGUGAUGAUCUUAAAAAUAAAAUCGAAGAUCUUGAACAGCAAUUAAGAGAUGCUAUGGCUGCCAACGAAAAACUCAAAGAAAAUGGGAGAGUAUUAGCUGAAGCAAACGCAAGGCUUCAAGACGAAAUGCUAAAAGAAAAAGAAGCUAGAAAGCAGGCAUUAGAAGAAAGUGAAGCUUUGAGAGCAAGCAAUGACAAACUGAAAAAAGAAAAAGACGAUUUAGAUAAGAUGCUUAUGAGCAACGUAAUGACGACUACAAAAAGAAGCUCCAAGUUGGAGAGUGACUUGGAUGCAAUCGAUAAUGAGCGAAAAACACUUGCCGCUACCAAUAGAGACUUGGACAACAAAAACAAGGAAUUAAUGAGGCUUAAUUUGGAAUUACAAAAUGAAAAUGACAAAUUACGUGCCGAGUUAGCUAAGUUCAAAGAAGAAAACACUAAACUUGAAGCUGCGCUGGAUAAUUUAAAGAAAACCAGCGUGGAUGCUUCGAGUUUGGAUGCCUUAAAAAAAGAAAACGAAUUUUUGAAAAAGCAAAUUGCCAGUCAAAGAGAGGAAAUUAAUAGUCUAAUGGAUAAAUUAAAAGUUCCAGUAAAGCCAGCAACUGACGAUAAGAAAGAUAAAGAAGCUUUGCAAUCCACCGUAGAAGAUUUAGAAAAUCAGCUUAGAAGCUUGAGAAAGGACAGACUACAACCCGUGGAACAGGGUGACGAUUUGGGCAGAAAAUUAAAUGACCUUAUGAAGAAACUUGAAGAUGCUGAAAAAAGAGCCGAAGCAGCUGAAGAUUUGGUCAAGAAACUAAAAUCCAGCGAUCCCAGCGCAAUGCUUAACAUCGAUAUACAAAAGCUUAAAGAUAAAGUGGCUCAACUAGAAAAGGAGAAUGCUAAUUUGAAAGACAUAAUAGCUCAGAUGACUAACGAAAAAGAUAAAUUGAAAAAAGACUUUGAUGAAGCAUUAAAAGACAGCAAAAAAUCCAGAGAAGAUGAUAAAAUUAUUGAAAAUUUAAAACAAGAAAAAGAUAAUUUGAAUAAACAAAUAAAAAAUCUACAAGAUGAAUUGGAGAAAUCGCGACAACUCAAAGCCGAAAACGAUAAAUUCAAAGCUAGAAACGCCACUUUGGAGGACGAGAAGGAUGCUUUAAAAAGACAACUGGAACAAGCAUUUUCUGAAGCUAGAAAGAGUGACGACAGAGUAAACCAAUUAUUAACCGAAAAUGGUGAUUUGAAAAAGAAGCUCGCCCAAUUGGAGGGAGAGAAUCUAAAGCUGAAAAAAGAUUUGCAGGUUGCUUUCGCAGACCUCAAAAAAUCCCAAGACAAAAUUCAAGAAUUAGAACACGACAAUAUGAAAUGCAAGCAGACAAUUAAAGACUUGGAAUCUGAAAUAACCAAGCUAAAAAAGGACUUUGAUCAGCAACUAAAUGAAGCUAAAAAAGCUGUCAAUACAAUUUCAGAUUUGCAAAAAGAGCUCGCAGCCCUAAAGCAAAAAGUAGUUCAGCUAGAAACGGUAAAUAAUAAACUAAGUGAUGAAAAUAAUAGAGUCAAAAAGGAACUAGAGCAAGCUAGAAGUGGGUCACAAGCUGUAGCUGGUCUCCAAGAUGAAAACAACAAGUUGCGCCAGCAAAAUGCUAGGCUGCAAGAUGAAAUUGACAAAUUUAAAAAAGACCUGGACAAUGCUUUGUUGGGCAGUGAAGCAACUAGUCAGCUUCAAGACGAAUUGGCAGGCUUGAAGAACAAACUAAAACAGCUUGAAGCUGAAAAUGCUGAGCUAAAAAAGCAACUAGCUGCUGCAAUAGGUGACAAAAAAUUAGACAUUUUACAAGGAGAUUAUGAUAAAUUGAAGCAGAAAAUGGCCGAGCAAGAGAUGGAAAAUGCUAAAUUGAAAAAAGACUUGCAAGUGGCACUUGAUAAUGCUAAAAAAGCCAACGAAGCAUUAUCUGAUUUAAGGCAAAGCGAAAAAAGGUGCAAAGACAAAAUUGCGCAGCUCGAACAAGAUAUUGAAAAGCUGAAAAAGAGCUCGAAUGCUGCUCUGGACGAAUCGAAAAAGAUGGCCAAUGAACUGGCACAGAUUCAAGCUAUCGAAGCUAAAUUCAAACAGCAAGUUGGUAUGUUGGAAACUGACAAUGCUAAAUUGAGAAGAGACUUAGAGCUAUCCCAACAAAACGCUUUGAAAGCUGCCGGAGAUGCUUCACAGCUUAGAGACGACAAUUCUAAGCUAAAACAACGCUUAGCUCAAUUGGAAGCUCAAAAUGCUAAAUUGAAAGCCGAUAUGGAUGAGGCUUUGAAUACGCUCAAAAAAACUGAGGAUGAUUUGAAGCAAAUUCAAAAUGAGGCCAAAAAUCUCAAAGCUCAAAUUAAGCAACUAGAAAAUGAAAAUGAACAAAGUAAAGCUAAGUUAAGUGCUGCUUUAAAAGACGCUAAAUCAUCGACAGACGACAAUAUGAGGAAACUGUUGGAAGACGAAUUGAAGAAACUCAAACAAGAACUAGAGACUUCAAGGAAUAAUGCCAAAAAAAGUGACAUGGAUAACUUAGAAUUAAAAGAAGAAAAUAAACGUUUAAACAACAAAAUCAAACAACUGGAAAACGAAAAUGCCAAAUUGAAAAAAGACUUGGAUGCCGCUUUGAAGGCAGCACAAGACGCUGAAGCUCAAGUCAAGCAACUAAAAACCGAUGAAGCUAAACUUCAAAGCAAAUUAGUUCAGCUACAGGAAGAUACCGAUAAACUGAAAAAAGAAAAAGCCGCUCUGGCAGCGGAAGUAAAAAAAGCUGACAGUGAUUUAGCCAAACUGCGAGAAAUAAAAGACAACGAGAAUAAAUUGAAGCAGAAAAUAGCGCAGCUAGAAACUGAAAAUGCUAAACUGAAAAAAGAUUUAGACGCUGCAUUAGCUGAAGCCAAAAAAUACGCUAAUGAAGCUGCAACUUCACAGGCAGAUGAUGACAAAUUGAAGCAGCAACUAGCUAAAAUCGAAGCUGAAAAUAGGAAGCUGAAACUUGAUUUGGAUGCAGCGAAAAAAGCCGCUCUAGACAUGAAAGACCUCAAAGACAUUGAAGACAAGCUAAAACGCCGAAUAACUCAGCUUGAAGCUGAAAAUUCCCGCUUGAAAGCUGAUUUAGACAAAGCGCUAGACGAUAUUAAAAAGCACGUUGCUGAAAUAUCAAAAAUGCAAGACAAUGAUAAUAAUAUGAAACAGAAACUGGCACAAGCUCAAGCUGAAAGUGCAAAGCUUAAAAAAGACUUGGAGCGAGCUACAAGUGCAGCUGAAACUGGCACUCAAGAAACAGAAACCUUAAAAUCCGAAGUAGCUAAAUUGAAACCAAAAAUAACCCAACUAGAAGCUGACAAUGCUAAAUUGAAAAAGCAACUUGAUGCAGCUUUAAAUGACGCCAAAGAUAAGACAAUGCAAAUGUCAAAAAUGCAAGACGAAAUAAAUAAAUUAAAACAAAAACUAGCACAACUAGAAAAAGACAAAGACAAACUAAAAAAAGACAUGGAAAAUGUGCAAAAAGACAAUGAAACAAAUUUGGAAAGUAAAAAACGUUUACAAGACGAAAACAAUAAGUUGAAACAAAAAAUAAGCGAGCUUGAAGCUGAAAUUGCUAAAUUGAAAAAGCAACUUGAAGCUUCUAAACCCCCAGCACCAGCAGCAGCUCCGAUUAAAGACUACGGCCCACUAAAAGAACUAGAAAAAGACAACGAAAAACUAAAAAAAGACCUUGAAAAUGCUCUAAAGGAAGCCCAACAAGCAGCAACUCUACAAGAUGACAACGCCAAGUUAAAGCAACAAAUAGCUAAACUCAAAGCAGAAAUAGAAAAACUCAAAAAGGACGCUUUAAGUGACGCCAAAAAAGCUGCAGCUGAAUUAGCCAAAAUAAAAGACAAUGAAGCAAACUUAAAACAAAGACUGGCAAAGUUGGAAACAGAAAAUGUUAAGCUCAAGGAAACCGCCGAUAGCAGACCUUCAACAGCCGAAACCGAUAACUUAAAAACCGAAAUCGAUAAUCUGAAAACCGAAAACAAAAAACUCAAAGACCAAAUCAAGCAGCUGCAAGACGAAAUCGCCAAACUCAAAAAAGCCGCAGCCGAAAUCAAGCCCCCAAAAGACGACUCCAAAGCAUUAAAAGACGAAAUAGCUAAACUAAAACAAAAAAUUGCUUCGCUACAAACUGAUAACGCUAAGCUAAAAGAAGACUACGAUGAGGCCAGCGCCAAGUCACAAAAACUUGACGAUUACGACAAGCUGAAACAAGCGGGCAAAGCUCAGCAAGCGGAAUUGGACAAGCUCAGAAAGCAGCUGCAAGAAAAGGAAGCCAUAGUGGAGGAAGCUGAGAAAAUGAAGCAGAAGAUUUUGGAUUUGGAGCAAGAGUUGGCUAAAUUGAAGCAGGAGUUGAAGCAGGCCAAUGAACGGUUGACUAAGGCGAAGGAUGAAAAUGUUAAGCUCAAAGGGGAUAAUGCCAAGUUAAGGAGCGAGCAAGAAGGUUUGAAGAAGGAUAACGAAAAAUUGGCAAGCGAUUUGAAGGCGGAGAAAGAUGCGUUGAAUGCGGCAUUGCAGAAAGUAGACGGAUUCAAUGAGAAAGACUAUGAGAGUCGCCUGAAAACCUACCAAGAACAAAUCAAACGCCUCGAAGAGGAAUUGAAAAAGCAAAAGAAAGAAUGCGAAGACACUAUAGCCUCGCUGAAACUUCAGUUCGACAGGGACAUGAAAAAUCUUUCGAAGAAACACGAAGAAAACAUCGACAAACUACAAAAAGCCCAUGGCGACUACGUGUCUGACCUGAACAACAAACAGGACAAAGAAAUUGAAGAUCUACGAAACGCUCUGGCAAAAAUGCGAGAAGCAUUGGAAAAUAUCACCAAAGAGAAAGACAGGUUGAGGAGUUUGCUCGAAGAUCAAAAGCGAAAGAGCAUCGAAAUUAAAACAAAAGUCGAAGAAGUAGAAAAAGUGAUAACGAAAGAACGGAAAAAGAGUAAACUGAUGGAAAAGAAACACAGCGAUUUGCAAGAUGUAGCAGCGGUGCUGGAACAACAAGUAAUAAAAGAGCGGAAAAAAUCAGUGGAGGCGCAAAAAGAAAAAGACGAUUUAGCGGAAAAAUUACGAGACACGGAAAAAAUCAAAGAAGUCAUCGAAGAACGAGCUAAAAGCUUAACGGAAGAAAACGAGAAAUUGAUCGAAGAUUCCAAAUCUUUGGAACUAGAAAUGUCGACUAGAGCAGCUGUCGAGCAUUUUGAAAAAAGCAGCUCGACAAUCGCUGUGAUACAGCCAAGGAAAGCAUCAACAGAACGUAAACUCAAACACGACAAAUUAACAUUGACGACGUUCGAAACGGUGUCGCUGGUUGGACCCGAUGUUAUUGCCUUGACAGUACCCUUGUCCGAUCAAGAGUUGAAUUUCUAUGGUAAAAAGCGUCCGUACUGCCCUUGCGGUUAUACUGUGGAAGAAUUGUUGAAGAAAGCUGCUAGGACUGGAUUUGGGGGCUUGUCCAUUGAAGAGCUCCAGUUCAUCCAUAAAAAUCUCAGCGAAGCUCAGGCGAAUAUUCUGGAAAAAAUGGGUCGGCGAACCGGAGUUUUACGGCCUGCCGAAGCCGGAGACCGGCUGUCGUUGCUCAGAAGAAUCGCAGAACUAGAAGGGGAUUUGAUGAAGAAACAAAAACAGGCUCAACAGAAAAUUGCUCAAAUGUCGGAUGCAUUGAAAGCAGAGAAAGACAAACUGUACGCGUUCCGUAAAAGUUUAGAAAAAGACAGGAAACCAUCAUUGCCUGCAAGUCGAAUAAAUAAAGAUUCUGAAGCCUUAGAGAAAAUAAAACGAGAAUUGGAAAUAAAACUAAACCAAGAACUCUUAAACAAAAAGUCGAUCCAUCAAAAACUGUUGCGCUACGAAAAAGAUCAACCGGUCAGAGAGGCUCGUGCUUCGAUAUCUGGAUUGGGGCAGACUGCCAGAGAACCCGUCGUAAAGUGUACUCCAAGGAACACUUGGAAACCGGCCCAUUCUACAGGAAACGUGUAGCACAUCAUCAAUAUCGUCAUUUGUAUUUUGUAAGCAUUAUCAAAAAUGUUUCGUAUGCACAAAUUCUAGUUUAUUUAGUUUGUGACUAUUGCCAUGAAAAUAAAUUUUUAAUUUUAUAUCUACAAGAAA